AUGCCCCAGUCCCUCACUGGGAUUAAAACCUCAGAACUACCUCUCUAUCCACCCAACAUCGUCCUCACCCUUCUGCACGGCCCUCCACCGAGCGCAGUCCCGGGGCACCCCGCGCACCUCAGAGCAUCCUCCACCCCCCGCCACGCAGCACACCCUCAGGGCACCCCACACCCCUCCGCGCGGCGCAGCCAGCGCGACACGCCGCGGAGUCGAGCAGAACCCCGGGCGCCCGGGGACCGCCAGCGGAGCCACCGGGGCGCCGCAGUCCCGGAGGCAGCGCUCCCCGCAGCCGUCGGCGGCGUCCCCUCCGGGCCCCGGGCCUCCCCCAACUCUCAAACUUUGGGCGGGCGGCGGCCGGUGCCGGUGGUCGCCCGGUGCCCGCCGCGCCGCCUCCCCCUCACUCACCGCCGAGCCGUGGGGGAGAGGCGGGGGCCGAAGCUCCUCUCAGCCCCGGGCGGGAGGGGGCGGCGCAGCGUCUCCCCCCGGCGACGGUGGGUCCUUCCCCCUCCCGCAAACACACACAGGCUCCAUUGUCCGCCAGCGCCUCCCCCCCUCUCCUUCCCGCACACAUGGUACCGCCCAUCGCAGCCCCUCUCGCCCGCUCCCCCCGCCUGCUCCCCCCCUCCCCCUCGUUUUCCCCACACCGUUUCCCCCCCCCCCUCGCCUCCCCCCUCCCGCCGCGUCCCGCAACCCGGAGAGAGGAAUGGUACCGCCCGUCGCGCGCGCCCCGCCCCAGGAAUGGUACUGUCCCCUACUCACUUCGCCGGCGGGACCGCCUCUUACUCCCCGUUCCGGGCAGUGGUCUCGACCGGCCCCCCGCCCCGCCCCGCUCAGCGAGAGGGCGGGGACUGCCUCCCUUCCCCCUCGCACACCCUCUCCUCCCGCCUGCGCCUACACAGUGGUAGCAGCCAGGCUCUUAAAGAGACAGGCCAGCCGCGCCGAGCGCCCCCUCGGGACCUCGAGAAGCGCCACCCACCCCUCCCCGCUCGCCGCGGCACCGCCCCCGCCAUUAACAUAGCCGGUCCCCCCGCCUCGGGGCGGCCCCACCCCUCCUCCCCUUUUAAAGAGACCUCGCGCCUAAGGCGCUUCUUAAAGGGACCGCCCCUCCUGCGCACCACCACUCCUUAA